CUUUGCUAGUAACCGCCACCAUGUCUGAAGAACGCGCAGAUGCACCAAUUACUGAGCACGCAGACCAUGCUCAUGGACAUGUGGGCCACAAUCACAACCAUAAUCAUACGCAUGAUUAUGCUGGCGAGAACCAGAAGCAUUAUGAUGCUACCGCUCAGCAAUACGAUGCCAGACAAGAUGUACAAGAACUGGCGCGCCGACUGCGUGAAGCCAUGAUCAAGACACAUCCAUCUUUGUUCGACGAAGAGCACACCACGGUGAUGGAUUAUGCUUGCGGUACAGGUGCUCUCUCGCGUGAGCUCUCGCCUUACGUGAAGUCCAUCCUAGGCGUGGACAUAAGUCAAGGAAUGGUUGACCAAUACAACACUCGCGUGUCCAACCAAGGCAUAUCACCCGAGGAAAUGCGAGCUGUAUGCGUUGAGAUCAAGGGAAACGGCGACGAAUUCGAAGGGGUCAAAUUCGACCUAAUCACGUGCUCUAUGUCAUACCAUCACUUCUCGUCGACCACGGAUACGACAAAACUGCUAACAUCCUUUCUCAAGCCUGGAGGCUCGCUGCUUAUCGUCGACAUUAUGAAGGACGAACAAGGUCAAGAUGUGACCCCGGAACACUACAAGCACAUCGUUGCGCAUAGAGGUGGGUUCGCUGAGAGCGAGAUUCGCGGUGUCUUCGAAGAGAGCGGCCUAAGCGACUUCUUGUUCACGCCUGCGACUAAAGCGAAGAUGCAUGGUCGAGAAGUGUCAAUUUUCAUUGCAACGGGAAAGAAACCAUUUUGAGGUGUCAAAAAUCUUGAGGAAUUGUACCAUAGCUGUCAAUUUGUAAUCCAGAUAUUUUGAUAUGGAUGUUG